AUGGGCGCUACAGAGACAGUCCUUGCAGGGGAUGACCGCUUCAAGCUUGCCUCAGAGGUGCGCUUCGGCAAAGCCGCGGACUUUUCAAGAGGCGUCUUCAAGCAGGUGUCCACCGCUGGCUUACUGCGAGCUAUGAGCAACCUCCUGGUGCUGAACGUGUCUCGCACACCGCUCCGUUCUGCUGAGCUCGAGACGAUCUGCACGGCGGCACCAGGACUCAUCCGUAUCGAUGCGAGUCGCUGCAGCCUGGAUGAGUUGCCGCACAGAUCGGUCUUCGAGUCUCUGCACAACGUCAAGGUCGCGCUCUUCCACCAGAACAUGAUCCGCAGGUGGCAGGAUGUGCUGAGUUUGUGUGGAUGCCCUGCCUUGAUCUGGUUGACCAUCUUCCAAAAUCCUGUGGCAGGUGAUCCUACGAUUCGGUCUGUGGUGUUGGAGGAAAAGCCGUCGAUUCUGGCAGUGGACCACCGCAUGGUAACGGAGCCAGAGCGCCUGGGGCCAGAGUGGGAUGUGGUCUGGUCCGUGCUGUCCCGGUCCACGCGCUUCGGGGCCAGGCUGCUGGAUCCCGACUAUUUGGAUCUGGAGGCCCUGCCAGCGCGAUGGCGCGACGAGCUCCCUGAAGGCUCUGAUUGUUUGAUCUGCGGCCUGGCCUCAUGCGGCUCUCCCCGGAAGGAUGACUUUAUGAUUCGUCUUGCGCUGCAGGAGCUGGCGAGUCAUGUCCGAAGCUUGCUCGAACGGGUCUAUAGCGUGCCGCAGGAGAUCCGUGUCAUGGAGGGCCAUCAUCAGAACGCAUCCCCGGCACGUGGGCGACCGACUUGUUUGGCGAGUGCGGUCGGCACUGCCCGUGCUGCAGUUGGAGAGCGUUCGACGGACCGAGGCUGCAUACAGGCUGUUUGGCGUGGAUUUCAUAUGCGUCAAUCCGUGGAGCAGCAGAAGGCUCGAAUGGUGAAAGCUGCAAGAGCGCUGCAACGUGGGGCUCGACGCCUGUUGUGGCGGAAAGACAUGGCGGAGUAUGUCAAGGAGUAUUUGGGCGAGAUCGACGAACUGGACUUGCUCUUGGACGCGAAGGCGCUCCGCAGUUCGCGUGCUCAGCUUCAAGCGCCCCUGUUGCCACCACGAGAUGCUGCGACGCAGGGCGUUGAAGCUCAUCGAGGCACGAGCCGCAAGCAGCGGAGGAUUCUUGCGAGUGUCAGCCUUCCUGCGCAGCCGGGCUCAGAGAUGAGAACCAUCCCGGUUCUCGUGGAAUUCAAGCAUUCCGGCCUCUGCGACUCCCAUUUUGGAGGCUUGCACUUGGAUGCACCGUCAUCAUGGACCGUUGGGGACCUCAGGGCCCGAAUUCAGGAACUGACGGAAGCACCACUCCUUCAGCAGCGAUUGGUCCUCGCUGAGGCCCUGGAGGAGACCGGCCCCAGCGGCCGCGGCGGAUCGCCGUGCUUGGGGGACGGGGAGUUCUUGUCCUCCCUCUGCUCCGGGCGAAACCUCAGCAUCGCCGCGGUGCCGAGCUCGGAGCGCCAAAAUGCCUGGCGACUGCGCGUGGGCGCGCGUCCUGCGGCCUUGGAGGAAGCACCCGACGUCAUCCGGGACGACUUCCUCGUCGUCUUGGAGGCCGUCUGCCACCGCGGGGAGGCUUUGCAGUUCGCUUCGGAGCAGCUCCGGAAGGACCGGACUUUGGUGCAGGCCGCGGUCCGCCAAUCUGGUGCGGCCCUUCUCUAUGCGUCAGAAGAGCUGCGAAGGGACGGCGCUUGGGUGCUGGAGCUUGGGAGAAACAGCCCCGGGGCUCUGGUGGCAGCUUUGGAGGGUCCGCUGGCCACUGACCGGGCAUUUCUCGUCGGCGCAGUGGCUCUCCACCCGGUGAUGCUCAGCAGGGUAGGCGAAGUGCGCGCCGACCGAGACUUCCUGCUGGAGGUCCUGGGCCAGCGCGGUGAUGCCUUGGCGGCUUUCUCCGAGGAAGCUCGUGCAGACAAGGAGCUGGUGAUGAUGGCGGUCAGCAGGUCCGGCGGAGCGCUGGAGUCUGCCUCCGAGGAGCUGCGCCAGGAUCGGGAGGUGUUGCAGGCAGCCGUCCUGAACGGGGCAGCCGUGCCUCCAGCCUUCAACAGCGACCGCGAGCUGGUGCUCGAGGCUGUUCGCUUGGACGGAAUGGCCCUGGAACUCGCCAGCAAGGAGCUCCGCGAUGACGAAGAGGUGGUGAUGACAGCGGUGCAACAGAAUGGCCAUGGAAUCAGGUGGGCUUCACGUCGACUUCGAUCCAACAGGACCUUCGUCUUGAGCGCUGUGCGGGUUGCUGGAAGCGAGGUGCUCCAGCAUGUCUCCGUCCGGCUUCGGACGGAUAGCACCUUUAUGGCCUUGUUGGGUGCCGGUGGCUGCAACGAAGAGGACAUCAUCUGCCGUGGCAAGCACGAGGAACAGAUCCUCAAGCGCUUCCUUUUAAACGAGGUGCAAAAGACGCUUAGCCGAUCUUGCGAGAUGCCAAAGGUGCUGCAAGAUCUCAGCGUCUUGGAAGGAGUCUUGGAGGAGGCUCGCGUUCGGAGAUGGAUACUGCAGCGGAGUCUGCAGCGCAGGGAGCGGAAGGCAGCGGAGUUGAUCUGCCGCCAUGCUCGCAGCUGCCUGGUCCGGCGCAGGUUGCUCUAUGCGCAAGCCGAUCUGUAUCAGUGUCAGACGUUCUAUUUUCCCGAGCGACAUGCCUGGGAGUUCCACGUUUUGUGCAACCUGGUACUGCGGGCUCACGGCUGGCCGUCGUUGCCAGCAGACCACACAUUUCAGGAUGCCAAUGUGCUGGGCAUCCGUUUCCCAGAAUUCAACGAGGCGCCGCGACGAGACAGCACGCUGCUGCGCUUCCUGGGUUUCGCUGGUCGGGUGGUGCUGCGACCGCUCCGUUCUGGAAGAUUCCAAGCGCAUGCUUGGGACGGUCCCUUUCACCGCCUGGUGGGAAAGAAUGAGGGCAAAGAAUGCGGUGAAAGGAAGGUCCGGCGCCGUGGCGACACCUUCAACAAUCGUUGCCGAAGGGCCUUCCAGAACUCCUGCUGCCCCGGCCCACAUCCUGUACGCAUCGAGGCCAGGGCUCAAGUGCAAGACUGCGUCCUCCUGAAGGAGUUCUUGGAGGGGCCAGAGCGGUGGCCGGCAGAGGUCCGAGCUCUGAAAGUCUUCCAGCCUGGGAGCCUCGGCGAGCAGAUCCUCGGAGUUGCGGCGCUGCUGAGCGAAGAGCGCUUCGCAGAGGCUGGCGAGGCGUUCUUGCGGAGCCUGACAGCGCUGGAGGAGCAGGAGCUCAGCAGAAGUGACCUGGCAUGCUUGAAUGCUGCGCUGACUGCGGCCUUCACCGUCCUGGCCUGGGCGCAGAAUCCGCUGACUGAGCCAAUGGCGCAGCUGGCCUUCGGAGCCUCAGCGCUGGCGGCAAGGGUGGCGAAGUUGGCGCACGAUGAGCCAGAAAAGAACCUCUUCAGCACGACCGUCCUUGAUCACCUGCAGCUUUGGGGCGGGCUCAUGUCUGGCGCAUGGUAUCUCGGAAGCCCUCUGGCAAAGCAAGCGAUGGACAACAACCGCUACGUGCUCUUCCUGGGAGACCUCAUGUCCCAGGUCUCGGAGCUUCCUCUGGAGCACCGACGCCUGUGGGCAGAGCUGGUCGCAAGGUGCUCGGUCGCCGACCUUUGGACCUCCACAUACUUCCAGCAGCACCUGCAGAGCCUCCUGCAAGUUUGGCCGCUGCUGUCCGAGCCGAUGGCAAGUCUGCUGGCCAAGUCCUUGCUGGAGGGUCAGAGUCUUUAUGGUGCUGCCGUCUCGGAGCUUUCCAUUCUUGAGCGCAUGCUGCGCUUCCAGCAGGCUUGGCCACCAGACGCGAAGACUUGGGCGUGGCACGGGCCUGCUCUUGGGACCUGUGCGCGGCCGAAGCUCUCGCCUGAACAUUGUCUGGCCGCUUUCAUGUUGAACACGACGGGGGCUGGCGGCGCCGCCGGCGCAGAGGCCAUCAGCGGCCUCCUGGUACGCGCGCGGGAAGCAGGAUUCCUGGCACAGUGCAUCUUCACAGCGGCGCUGGACUGCUGA